UCGUUCGUCGAAGAGAUUGUGAGAGUCUGGAGAGCGUGUCUAUCGUUGCCGGUGUGAUUCUUGUCUUUUUUCGCACACUGUGAAUUGUGUUAGUUACGUUCGGUUCGACAAAACGUGUUUCAAAGGUUCGUUAGAUCGGUGGAAUUUAUUAUGCGCGUAAACUGGAGACAAACGCAACGAAAACAAUAGAACAAUAUCUAUUUUCUGGACGUCGGAAAAGAGAAACUUCAUCGUCGAGCGUUGGGGUCGCAUUCGCGGCCCAGAUCAUCAGCAGAGGUGGCGUGGGGCACGGCAGUGAUGGAAUUACAAAGUUGGCUGCUCUAUCAUCUUGUAGCCGUAACCGACUGUAAUCAAGUUACUUUUGCCUGAGUUUCAACCGUGCUCACAGAACAGUACUGCUUCUUUAUUUCAUUCACAAUCCCGUUAUCGCCUAGAGGAAACAGCAGUCUACCAAUGUUUGAUGUGAUGCAGUCGGCGACUACAUUGAACGGUGGAUCUUAUCCCGCCGGAGGCACCGGAAGUCGUGCCCGCGAUUUAGGUCUGCGUGCUCAGAAGAAACUCCUUGGCAGAGUCGUGUCUACGGGAGCCGGAAGAUCGCUUCUUAUAGACGAUGCCACCACUUCGCUUUUAGACAAUCUUUAUAAGCUCAUGGAGAAAGCUGCUAAGUCCAAUUCGAAUUUGGACAAAAAGCAGCCUGAAAAGGUUUUGAAAAACAUCGUUAAGUUGUCCAUUAAGGUAGGACUUCUACAACGUAACCAGCAAUUAAACGUCACCGACGAUGCAAAGCUUAUCGAAAUAAGGAAUGCUCUCAGAGCUGUAGCGAUGUCCGUAGUUUCCUUUUACGAAUUAGAGUUCAGUUUUGAUAAAGCGUAUUUGAUCAAGUCGCUGGAACGUUGUAGAACCGCGAUACAGACGCUCAUAAAACCGCAUCUCACGGACAAAUCUCAGGACCGGUGUGAUCAGGUGUUCGAUUUUUUAACGCAUUCCGACUUUCUGGAUUCCGUGUUCAGACAAGACUCUGAGCACAGACCUAUUCUAGGAAUGCUAGUUAGUGAUAUCAAUAAGGCCUUAGACGUUGGGCAUCUUUGAUUUUUUGUUUCUUUUGUUAACGUAACCUCGUUCUCGUGAUCACAGUGAAACGCAUCGAUGAAACUCACAGACUUGCUAAAUAUGUUAUUAGAAUUAAGGGAAGAUAAGGGGGAUAUUUUUGCCCCGAUAAUAAUUUAAAGAACGAAAUCAUGGUGCAGUUACUUAUGAUUGCCUGUCAAAAAAAAAAAAAAAAACAUAACGAUAAAAUAUGUUUUUUAUACGAGGAGACGAUUCAGAAAUAAAAAAAAAAAUAUCUCGUGAGAAUGAAUCGAUUUCUACGGUAGUGCUCACUGAUUUAUGCAAUAAUUGUGAAAUACUCUAUUUAUUUUCAGAAUACCUAUAUAUUGUAUAAUUGAUGUAUAUUUAUUUACGGUACUCGCGUGUUAGGAAUACCAACUGUCAAUCUAUACCAAAAAGAAAAAUGAGCUUAUUUACGCCCGACGAUGGAUUUAUAGCGAUGGCGUUAGAAACGACUCGUUAAUAUCAACAGAAUUAAUGCGUGAAAAAAAGCCGCUGAUUUAUCAUCGCGUUAAUUGAGAUAUUUGCUCUAAACAAAUCCUUGUUGAAGGUUUAAUCUUCCACGCGUUAAGAGCUACAUACUCUAACAUAUCGACGAGUGCAUUCUAGGGCAAGAUGGGUCCUCCAUUUAUACCUAAAUUGCGCUUUGGUACAUUUUCGACACACUUACAUUAUAAACACGACAUAUCUAAUACAGUCACGGCUAAACCUCAAUAAUUGGAUUUAAAUUUAAAUAUAUACAUCACGUGUACUACAAGUAUAUCGCGAUUUACGCAUGUUUUGUAUGCAUUAUACACAUUUUACACAUUAUUUGUGAUGAUUCUCGAUGAGAUAAAAAAAUGUUGUAUCGAUAUACCAUUAAUAAAUUAUUUGUAAGGAGAGAAAUAACCCCCCCCUUUCUUUUAACAUUACUCCUUACUUGUUUUCUACGCCUUCGAUCAGAAUAAUUAAUAAAUGCAAUUUCGAUCAUUGAUUUGGUAUAUUUAUGUACAUUGAUUAUUUAGCGCAGUCACACACACACAUACACACCGCACAAAAAUUACAAUGUUACCAGCAUAGCUGUAUUCACUGUCCAAGCAGCAUUUAGUGUAUAAGAUUAUUUAUUAUUUCGGAAUAUCAAAUAAAAAUACGGAAAUACAUAAAUUAUUUUCACGUAAUAAUUAAUUUUAAGAAUAUGUUGCAUAUAUUUGACCAAAAUCAACUGUUACAUAAAUUGUACCAAAUACUUUGCUAACGAUCCAAACGCAACGUAAAUUUUGAACUCUAAAAAUGCUCAAAAAACAAUCUAUGUAUUUUCCCUCUAUCUUUAACAUGGACGAUAAAUAUUUUUUGAAAUAACAUUUUGCUAUAGAUAUAAUGAGAACACAAACACAGGGACUAAUGUGUAACAAACUUAACUAUACAUACUUCCGUAGUACAAAGGAAAUACAAUAUAUAUAUAACAUGAUACAUUUCACAAGAAAAGCAAAAAAAGAAUAUUAAAAAUUAUAAGGACAAAUAUUUCGAG